AUGGCGAUGAGCUUCAGAACGACCCGUCACGCCUCUCGAUUGGCAAAAGCCUCUCGACCGCUGUUCUCAGCCCGGCACUAUGCGACCGCCGAGCCCGACCUCAAGACUGCUUUAAAAGAAGUGAUUCCUGCGAAGCGUGAACUCCUGCAAAAGGUCAAAGCCCAGGGCGACGAGGUCAUCGGUGAGGUCAAGGUCAGCAAUGUCAUCGGUGGCAUGCGUGGGCUCAAGGCCAUGCUGUGGGAGGGUUCCGUUCUCGACGCCGACGAGGGCAUCCGCUUCCACGGCAAGACCAUCAAGGAUUGCCAGAAGGAGCUGCCCAAGGGCACCUCCGGUACUGAGAUGCUUCCUGAGGCCAUGUUCUGGCUUCUCUUGACCGGUCAAGUCCCUUCCACCGCCCAAGUGCGCGCAUUCUCGCGCGAGCUCGCCGAGAAGUCGACUCUGCCCACCCACAUCCUGGAUCUUAUCAAGUCCUUCCCCAAGAACAUGCACCCAAUGACUCAGCUGUCCAUUGCGGUCGCUGCCCUGAACACCGAGUCCAAGUUCGCUCAGGCCUACGAGAAGGGUCUCAACAAGGCGGAGUACUGGGAGCCCACCUUUGAUGACUGUAUCUCGUUGCUGGCCAAGAUUCCCCGCGUGGCUGCGCUGGUGUUCCGUCCCAACGAGAUUGACGCCGUCGGCACCCAGCAACUCGAUGACUUCCAUGACCUACUGCGCCUGUACCUUGCUUUGCACGGCGACCACGAGGGAGGCAAUGUCUCCGCCCACGCUACUCACUUGGUUGGCAGCGCUCUCAGCGAUCCCUUCCUGAGCUACAGUGCCGGCCUUCUCGGUCUGGCCGGUCCUUUGCACGGUCUGGCCGCGCAGGAGGUUCUCCGAUGGAUCCUCCAGAUGCAGGAGAAGAUUGGCACCAAGUUCUCGGACGAAGACGUCCGUGGCUACCUCUGGGACACUCUCAAGUCCGGCCGUGUCGUCCCCGGAUACGGCCAUGGUGUUCUCCGCAAGCCCGAUCCCCGCUUCCAAGCCCUUAUGGACUUUGCCGCCACUCGCCCUGACGUGAUGGCCAACCCCGUCUUCCAGCUCGUGAAGAAGAACUCGGAAAUUGCCCCUGGGGUGCUGACUGAGCACGGAAAGUGGGCUGAUUUUUGUAUAACAAUCCAGACCAAGAACCCCCACCCCAACGUUGACGCCGUCUCCGGUGUCCUUUUCCACCACUACGGCUUCCAGCAGCCCCUUUACUAUACCGUGACCUUUGGUGUCAGCCGUGCCUUGGGUCCCUUGGUCCAGCUCAUUUGGGACCGUGCCAUGGGUAUGCCUAUCGAGCGGCCAAAGAGCAUCAACCUGCUGGGUCUCGUUAAGAAAUGA